AUGGAUUCAGCAAAAGCGUUCCUGGACCAUGUUGACGAUCUUACAGACCUUGAGCUGGCUGUCCUUCUCAGCCUCGUUGCCCAGCACCCUUGUAUGGUGGUGGCCAGGGAUGAUCUACUGGAUGAUCUGGCGUCCGAGCUUGCAUUGAUUGCCAGAGACAUGUUCAGUCUCUCGUAUAUCAUCCUUGAUCGACACGAUUUACAGUCUAUCGAGACCUUUGGCGCUGCGGUUUUGGAUGACGAUAACAACGAAUAUGAUGAUAUCACUCACGAGCCAGACAUUGAUAUGGAGGGUGUUCGUACCGGCUUCUACUCCAUAUCUAGAUCUUCGAACCUUGUGGAUCACCAGAAACUGGACACAAGGAGAGUUGUCAAUGUUAUCAUCGCCAAGGACUUCAACCUCGCGCCCGAAGACGUGCAGAUCCAGGCUCUCGAGCUUGUCAGGAGGCGGAGGAUGUUCAGUCGAACAACCGUACAUGCAGCACCUACGGUUUUCCUGCUGCUUCCACUUGUUGCUGCCUCUUCUAAGCAUAUCCGAUUGAACAAACACCUUAACGACCGAAUAUUUAUGUCCCACUCCCACUCUCCAGAAGAUGGGUUUCCAAAUCUCGAAGAGCUAGACGACGCAGCCAAUUCCGAAGACCACGACUCCACUUAUUCCUAUUCUCGUUCUCCGAAUAGGAGACGGCAGCAAAUGAUUGCGAAUCGCCGAAUCGACGCAAAGGUAUUAAUCGAACAGCUUCGUGCCCAAGGCCAGGCUGCGACCAUCACUCCGGAAAUUCGAAGGUAUUUACAGGAUGUUGUGGCAUUCCUUCGGAUGGAGCGGGGUGUUGACGGUGGUAUAUCGCCGUAUGCAACGACGCUUUUCCUCGCCCUAGCAAAAUACCUUGCUCCUUUCCACGGAAUUGACUAUGUUACACCAUCAUUGGUCGCCCUGGCGGCGAAGAAGAUAUACCCUCAUCGAAUCAUUAUGGCCACUCCCGGUCGCGAACGGAGCACUCAGUAUGGGACUGACUUAGCGUCUGCACGAGACCUCUUGGACGGCUUAGAUCCAGAUAAAGUUAUCCAGAAUGUUCUCGAUACAGUUGAAUGCCCGACAUGA